AGAAGUAACAAUCACGGUGACUUACAUCUUUUACGUUCCGCCAUACGAUGCUCAAAGAAAAAAGAUAGAAACAAAAAUCCCCAAUAAAAGCCACUUCCACACUCUCAAUCCUAAAAGACAGAACAAAUCCAGCAUUUUCCCCCUACCUGCCUCAUUUCUCUCUCCUUUUUCCCAUCUCUCUGUCCCUCUCUUUGCUCUCUCCUCUCUCUCCUCCUCCCUCCCAACAACAAUAGUCUCACCUCCCCAUUCCCAAACCCCUCCUGUCCAGAUAAAAAUGCCAAAUAAAAACUACCUACUCCAUAACUACCUUCUUCCUAUACCUCGCACACCUACACCUAAAACAAAACCGCGUGCUCUUCACCCUCACAAACCGCGUCAACCGCCCACGAUAGCACCGCGGAUUACGCUUAGAGACGCCCUCCCAAUCAUCCCAAAUUACCUUCUUGUUGCACCUUCCGCAACCAUAGUACUAUCUGCCUCUAUUACCAUUCCUAUUGCCAUAGACCUGUUUUCGUUUCAUGGAAUGACCAUAGCAUUUAGGCCUUUUGCCUGCGAAGAGUCGGCCUGACCGGAGACUUGUUCGGGCGAUUUGUCGGGGGAGAAGUUGGUUGCACAUUUUUUUUUGUCAGGCUUUGGGCUAACACUGCACGAUCGGAGGGGUAAAGGGGAAACGGAG